GCCCCACAGCUGACAUUUUUUCAACUUACCCAAGGUGCCUAUUGUGAAUCGCUGUCCCAUGCUCACAGCGGGAGGGAGCCCUGUCUGCCCACCAGGAGAACCGCUUCCCAGCCCCCGGCUGCUGGCAGCACAGGCGCCCACUCUGGGCUCCGCAAGCUGGCUCUUUCCCCCUGCAGACUACCAAGUUACACACCCCACGUUGUUACACUCGCGGGCCCCGGGCCCUGUCUUCCGGGACACCCGCAGUGUGCACUGGUCCGCUGCCUCCAUGGAAGCAGUGCAGCUCAGCUUUCUGUUUUCGCCUCAGUUCAGCACUCUCCUUCGCACUAGGCACUUAGAUGGGGUUAGAGUAAAGCCAGAUAGAAGUGCAUUUCACAAAGCUUGGGAUAAAGAUUUAAAUAAAAGCAAGUGUGAGGGUUUGGCAACGGAAGGUUACAGGUAAAAGAUAAACAUAAAUGCCGUCUGUAGGCCAGGCUUGUUAACGGUUUCCUUUCCUGCCUGGGAAGGUGUUUCUCGCUGAAUGGUCCGUUUCUGCAGCGCUUGUCCAGUCCAGAGAGCUGACACACAGAGGGACAUUAGGAUCAAAAGCCCAGAGGAUGCUUCGCUCUGAUGGCCCUGCUAUGGCACUCUCUUGCCAGGCAGACACGGAGCUCCGGGACCUGGAUGAGGAGCAGCUCUGGGAGAUUCUGGAGAGCCAUCGCUACCGGAUCGUGCGCAGCACCUGCCCGAACCGGCUUACCCCCUACCUGCGCCAGGCCAAGGUCCUGGACCAGCUGGAUGAGGAGGAGGUUCUGCAUGGCCCCCAGUUCACCAACAGCGCCAUGAGAGUGGGUCACAUGUUGGAUCUUCUGAAAACCCGGGGGAAGAACGGAGCCCUGGCCUUCCUGGAAAGCCUGAAACUUCACAACCCCGACACCUACACCCUGAUAACUGGCCUGGAACCCUCCAUUGACCUCAACAACUUCAGUGGCCUGAUUGAGACCUCCAAGCUGACCGAGUGCCUGGCGAAGGCCGUGAACAGCUUGCAGGAGGAGCUGACCCAGGAGAAGCACCAGAAGGUGUCUCUGCUGCACCACUGCCGCCAGCUGAAGGACCACGUGUCCCAGCUGGAGGCCCAGAACAAGUGUCUGCGGGGCAUCGAGGCCGAGCACAACCGCAUGAAGCGGGAGGUCAGCUCCCACUUCCACGAGGUGCUGAAGCUGAAGGACGAGAUGUACAACCUGUCCAUGCACUACACCAACGCCCUGCAGGAGAAAGACCUGGCCAUCACGCGGAGCCAGGGCCUGCAAGAGGAGCUGUAUCUGAUGAAGCAGGAGCUGCAGCGAGCCAGGGUGGAGUCCUACUGUGAGAGGGAGAGGUCCCUGCGCAUGCCCAGUGAUCUGCAGCCACAGGCGGAUGAGCUGCUGCAGCUGAGGGAGGAAAACGAGAAGCUCCGGUCACUGGUGGUGCUGGAGACUUUCAGCCUGGUGCAGAAGGAUAUCCUGGAGCAGAACCUGGAUGAGGCUCUGGAGGGCAAACAGGAGCUCCUUGAUCGAAUCCACUCGCUGAGGGACCAGGCAGUGAUCGCUGAGAAUCAGCGCAAGCAGUAUUGGGAGGAGAAGGAGCACACCCUGAUUGAGUGCCACAAAAUGAAGGUGGAUUGUGAGAUCUACAAGGAGAAAAUCAGUGCCUUGCAGGGGCAAGUGGCCGAGCUGCAGAAGGAGCGAGAUCAGGCAUACGGCGCGAGGGACGCGGCCCAGCUGGAGAUCUCCCAGAACCUGCUGGAGAAGGAUUCCCUCCGCAGGAAAGUGUUUGAGCUGACGGACCAGAUCUGUGAGCUGAGGAAGCAGCAGGCAGAGCUGGGCAGCAGGGUGCACGGGGUGAAGGGGGAAGGUCUCGCUAGCCUGGAGCCGGAGGAGCAGUGGCCAAAGAGGAAGCCGCGGCUGGUGCGCAUGCAUGCCAUCUGCCCCGGGGACGAGAGCCAGGGCAGCCUCGGCGUGUCCGAGCUGUGCUCAGAUUUCAGCGUGAGGACGAGCCAGGAGCUGCCAGAGAGCUUCCGGUCAUGCAGCCCCAUCCCGCCCUGUAAGCUCUCCCUGCAGAGGAGAGCCACGCAGGAGUGCCUAGAGAGCUCCCUCUCCACGAGCAGCUCCCAGGAGUUCCUGGAGGUGGAUUUCAGUCUCAUUGCAGGGGAGAAGGCGGAGUCGUCCGACUUGGAGUAUGAGAUGGUGGAGAAGGACGAGGGCAAUGCCCGGCCGCUCGCCUUAGACGAGGGGUACGUCGCGCUGCCCGCGGAUUUCUGUCCCCCAUUAGGGAGGGCUCUGUGCCCUACGGGAGCCUGGCAUAAAGCAGGCACGCCCAUUCGCCGGCGGCCCGCACGGCGGAUCCUGAGCCGCAUCACCACCAUUGCCUUCCACGGCAAUGCCCUGCUGGAGCAGAUCAGCAUCAUCGGGGGCAACCAGACCGGCAUCUUCAUUCACAGGGUCACGCCCGGCUCAGUUGCAGACGAGAUGUCUCUGUCCCCAGGCAAUCAGAUCAUGGUGGUGGAUUAUGAAGUCACAGACCCAGCAUUCAAGGCCAUCCUGGAAGAUGCAACCCUGGAGGAGGCACUUUGGGUCCUGAGGAGGGUGAACGGCUUCUGCUGCCUGUCGGUCAGAAUGAACAUGGAGGGUUACAAGAGGCUGGUGACUGACCUAGAGAACAAGGUGGUGACCUCGGGUGAUUCAUUCUACAUCCGGGCCAACCUGGCCCUGGAAGGGAAGGCAGCGGGGGAGCUGCCGGUGCAGUGCAAUGACAUCCUCCACGUCACAGACACUGUGUUCCAGGGCGAGAGCCAGUGGAGUGCCUGCCGGGUGAAUCCCUACAGCAUGAAGGACAUGGAUGCAGGCAUCGUCCCCAACUACUACCAGGCUCAGCAACGGCUCAUCGGCCUAAUCCGGGACAUGGCCCAGCAGACCAUGGCUGCUCGUAAGGCUUCAGGGGGGCAGCCAAAGCUGGUGCGGAUCAUCAGCACAGACAAGAGCAAGAUCAACCCUCUGUGGUCGUCCAUCGACUGUAACGUCUACGACCCCAACAAGGCGGACGCCUGCCCCCGGAUCUGCCUGCAGGCAGGGAGCUGCUUCACGCUGAUGCCGUACACGCUGGUGAGACCCCACAAGCUGGCCCAGCUGCGCCCUGUUCUCUUUGUGCCCACGCUGCUGGGGAAGAUCCUGAGUGACAAGCUGUGCCUCACCAAGGGCUUUGAAAAAUGCCCAUCAGGACUCCUGUGCGAGGCUGAAUGCGCAGCCCAGAAUGGAACCUUGGUCCGGGGAAAGGGGGAGCUGGACAGUCGCUGCUGUGUCACACACCAGGCGCUUCAGCUGCUGCUGGAGAAGGACGUGCACAGCCUGCUGGACGUGGGGCUGGAGCGCGUGCGAGCCCUGCACGCCGCGGGGAUCUAUCCCAUCCUCCUCCUCGUCUCCAUCAGCGAGAAGAACGCCAAGAAGCUCAAGAAGGCACUGCAGCGUCUCGGAGCGGCAGAGGAGCAGCUUCUGGACUGUGUGCGGCAAGAGGAGGCCCAGCUGGAGAAAGUGCCCUGCCUGUACGGCACCGUCGCCCCCGACACCUGGAGCGACCUGGAUGCGCUUGUCAGCGCCGUGCGAGCAGCCGUCGCCAACGAGCAGAAGAAGAUCGUGUGGCUAGAACAAGAUCUUCACUGAUCGCCCUGGGCACAGGGUGGGGCAGGGGGAACCGUCACCUUGGCAACUCUGCAAAUGUCACCUGUUUAAA